UACUUGCAACACCCAAUGGCUAUGUUGCCACCUAAAAUGUAGCCUUAGGUGACCAAAAUCGAAAAAAAAUGAUGUAUGGCAACAUCGGGGCAUGAUGUUGCCAUUUGUGUUGCCUUAGAUGCUCGAGAAAACCUCAAUGCCAACAUAUCUCUCGGUGUUGCCUUAGAAACCCGAAAAUUUACUAAAAAAAGCGGGUGCAUAAAACCCGCCCCUUGUAUAUUUCAAUUCCCGCCCACUUAUUCUCAUUUCAGAAAAACAAAAAAUAAAGCACAAAAACACUCACACUCAUCUCUCUUUCUCUAUUACACAAAAACACUCACACUCAUCUCUCUUUCUCUAUUACACGACAACACUCACGCUCUCUCUUGGCGUCUCUCUCCGCUCAUCUCUCUCGGCGUCUCUCUCUGCUCGUCUCUCUCGGCGUCUCUCUCCGGGCUCAUCAGCUCGUCUCUCUCGACGUCUCUCUUCGACCAUCUCAACAUAGAGGAUGGCAUGUAAUGGUAUGAGUUUCCGGCUGCAUCACAAGGGGUAUUUCACCAAAGACAAGUAUGUUGAAGGGGAGGAAGUAAUUUACGAUGUCCAUGAUCUUGAUCUGUUUUCAUAUUCUGUACUGAUGGAGUGGGUGCUAGAGAUAGGCUAUAAAGAGAUUGGUGGGGUUUAUAUGAGAGCAGAGGAAAAAAAUAAGUGGGCAUUAUUGUGUAAUGAUGCGGAUAUAAAUGAGGUUAUUCUCACGACUGAUUCUUCUUCUUUGGACUUGUAUAUUGACUGUGAUGUUGAUAGCAGUGUCAAGCCGGUGAAGCAAAUGCAACCUCAUGUUAUUGUAAGGCCAAAAACAUGCCCUGUUAAGGCUAUGCAGAGGAUUCCUAAAACGCGUUUGUGACUAUAAAGGAAAUCAAUCAGGAGAAGGAACGAAGGUUGAACAAGUCUCGGAAGGAAAAACAAAUAAGUUCUACUUCUGUAAUUCCAACAAAAAAGGCUGGUGAAGAUUUGAAGUCAACAGAGCGGGAAGAUGCAAUUUCAACAGAGCGGGAAGGUGGACUGAUGGGAUUGGAUGAAUAUAUGAAAAGAUUUGAGAUUCUUCCGGUACAUGAGGAUUUGGUGGAAGGAGCUGGGGAAGUCCAUGAAGGUGAAGUGAAUGAGUAUGAAAUGCGUCGAAUUAGAAACAUUGAGGAAAACGAGAAAAUUUUUGAGGAACUUGGUUUAAAACGGAGGACUAGGAAUUCUGUCCAACUACUGAAUGAAGACAAACCCAAUAAUAUGUUGAGUGAUGAAGAUGGAAGUGAAUAUAUGUGCCCUGAAAAUGACCAAGAGCAACAGAGUGAUCAUGAAGAGGAUAUAGUUGCGUCAAAGGCAAAGAAAAAGGCCAAGAGAGUUGUGGUUCAAACUGACGGGCCCAGAACUCGUUCCAGAGCAUCUAAAAUGCCUAAGCCAUGUGACAAGGAAGUGAAAAGAGUUGGGGUUCAGACUGAUCAUCAGGGAAAUGAUGAAUCAAAUAAUGUUCCUACUGUGGAGAAGCUCAAGCUGCUAAAAAGUAGUGCUCCUGGUUCAAUGGAGAAAUAUUUGGAGUUACGUGAGCAAGAAAAGCAGGCUGCGAUCAUGCAGUCCCAAUCCCAACCAGAAAAUCAAGAGUCCCAACCAGAAAGUGAUGCACCAACUGAAGUAGAGAAGAGAAAGAGAGGAAAAUCCAAACUAGGUCAUGUCCAUACGCGAGGUGAGAAGAAGGAGAUCAAGCUGUCGGAUCUAGGCCAACCUAUAUCAGAUGAUGACGAUCAUUUGCUAUCUGAGUUCAGCAAUUUCUUAGGAACAACGGUAAGGGAGUUUGUUUCUCUAACAUGUCGUAGUUGGAGUGAAGUUCCUGAAAAAGACAUCCUAUGGCAGUAUGUGAAGGAUAAAUACAUCAUUCCUGAGGAGGGUUAUAAAUGGGUAAUGACAACGAUGCGUGAUCAGUUUAGGGCAUACAAAGCUCGCAUCAAGAGGGAACAUUAUAGUAAGUAUGGUACUGAUGAGGAGAGGCUCGAGAACAGGCCGAGGGAUGUCCCUUUGAAAGAUUUUAAAAUGCUUUUAAUUUAUUGGGCUGAUGAAAAAAUAAAGGACAAGGCGAUAAAAAAUAUAAGGGCUCGAAGCUUUGUAAGUGAAACACAUACCGUCGGGCCUAGGAGUUUCACCCAAGUCUGCCACAAAAUGGAAAUUGCAAGGGAACAGGCGGCUAAACCGGAUGAACCAGCACCACGAACCGUUGAGGAUGCUAACAAACUUGUAUAUGGUGACAAGAAACACAGCCGCUCGUACCUACUAGGUAGACUUAUUCAGAGAAGGGAAGCAAAGGGGAAAUCUGUGACACACACUGAGGCUACUAUCUCUGAUCAGGUGUUGGCCAGUUUGACAGAAAAGAUCCGAGAACAACUUGCUCAAGAGAUGGAAGAAAAAAUGGAUCAGAAGGUUCGGGAGAAUGUCAAGGCAAUGGUGUCCAAGUUGGCAGAAAAGAAUCCAGACCUCAAGAUUGAUAUUCAAGACCUCAGUGUCGAGCCGACGUAUGAUGCCUCUGCAAGUGGAGCGAACACAGCCACCACGGACACUACUUGA